AUCACAUAUCUAGUGAAAGAGGGGAGCCUACUGUUGAAAGCAUUUACGCUUCGUGUGGAGGGAAAUGCUGAGACUUGUCCACCUCGUUCUGGUAGUCUCCAUCUUUCGUUUGGAGCGAGUUGGUACGACAUCAUUAUGCGAUGAGGAGCCACAACUUUGUAUACACACGGAACUCAAAGAAGAGCUAUCCUCUAAUGGGAGCUCAGUACCGAGCAAGGCUGAAGCACUCGAGAGCCCCGGGCAUAUAGGCCAUCGGGCAAUUUACCAAGCAACUACAACCUAUGAUUCAGUACUGUAUGGAGGCAUGGCAACUUUAAGUGUUCAUGAGUUUCAGACCAUCAAGAGUGGGCAGCACAUAUUGGCUAGUAUUACGGUAGGAAAUGUCCAACAAGGCCAUAAGGAUCAUACUAAUGCUGUGCAUGCUGGUUGGGCAAUUCAGCCAUCUCUCUACGGUGACAGCAAAACUCAUUUUUCUAUAAGAUGGACGGCUGAUGGAUACAGAUCAACGGGGUGUAUUGACUUAAAUUGCAAUGGAUUUGUACCUGUUAACUAUGCUCCAAUUACCCCAGGAGAUAGUUUGGAGGGGCAAAAUAAGAUAUCAAUAAAGAUAUUGAAGAAAAAAGAUGAUGGAGAUUGGUGGUUAUACUAUGGCCAUGAUGGGCAAAACAUUGCUCCCGUGGGAUUUUGGCCAAAGAGUCUUUUCAAUAGGCUAGCGGAUCAUGCGAAUAUGAUUCAUUGGGGUGGUUACACAGGAUCUUUUCAGGGGGAUCUCAGCCCACCAAUGGGGAAUGGGCAGUGGCCAGGAGCAAGUUCUGCGACAUUUCAAGAUGUACAAUAUAUCAACGGUGAUGGCCAAGGCUAUGCUCCCUCUCCCUGGCCUCAUUCUGAUGUGAGCCACAAGAACUGCUAUCAAAUUGGCGCAUUUACUAAUGGCAUGUUUUCCUACGGGGGUCCCGGAGGUUGUACUGAUUAGAAGUGUGUUAUGCUGUGGAAAAACAUGAGUACAAUAAAUAAAACAGAGAUAACUUUUUAUAUUACAGCAA